UCCAUCGAAUCUAUCCUGAAGGGUACCAAUAUUACUCUCAACCUGGAACAUGAGUCUUAUCAAGUCCUCUCUCCACUUCGAACUAAUGGACUGUACAGACUUUUCUACAUCAAUAUUACUAGGGUCGUCUUUACUGGUGUUCUCCCCAUCUGUCUGCUAUUCUGCUUUAACAUCAUGAUCAGAAACGGUAUCCGGUAUACUCAUGUCCGAACCCGGCAAACCAGGCGAGAUGUUUCUGAAGCCUGGACCCUCAUCAUUCUUGUUAAGAUAUUUAUCAUCUGCCAUCUUCCCAGAUUGAUCCUGAACAUUGUGGAGGAGGUUGUGAUGUUGAAGUGCACCUACAGAACCCUUCCGGUCUGGUUCAAUUAUCUCAUCAGUUUGAGCCACUUCCUGAUCAUCUUGUCAUCUAGUCUCAGCUUUAUAGUGUACUGUAUCUUCACAGCUCCGUUUAAAGAGGCUGCCACUGCUGUUAUCAACAGGUUCAAAUCUAGACCUCAGUCCGCCCAGCAAAUGCAAAUGGUGUGCUCCACAAUGGUGAAGAGCACAAGAUCUACAGUCCAAGAGGAUAACCAGGAAGAUGAACAAGAAGACCAAGCCUAACAAGAGGAUAACAAGGAAGAUGAACAAGAAGACCAAGCCUAACAAGAGGAUAACCAGGAAGAUGAACAAGCAGACCAAGUCUAACAAGAGGAUAACAAGGAAGAUGAACAAGAAGACCAAGCCUAACAAGAGGAUAAUAAGGAAGAUGAACAAGAAGACCAAGCCUAACAAGAGGAUAACAAGGAAGAUGAACAAGAAGACCAAGCCUAACAAGAGGAUAACAAGGAAGAUGAACAAGAAGACCAAGCCUAACAAGAGGAUAACCAGGAAGAUGAACAAGAAGACCAAGCCUAACAAGAGGAUAACAAGGAAGAUGAACAAGAAGACCAAGCCUAACAAGAGGAUAAUAAGGAAGAUGAACAAGAAGACCAAGUCUAACAAGAGGAUAACAAGGAAGAUGAACAAGAAGACCAAGCCUAACAAGAGGAUAACAAGGAAGAUGAACAAGAAGACCAAGUCUAAAAAAACUCAGGAGCUGGAUAAAAUGGCCUGCCACCGAACUUAUACUUUUAUUAAAAAUGUUAUUGGAAAUAAUUACUGCUUGAACCUCUAUUCAAUUUGAAAAUAUUAAAAACUACUAAAUGUGUAUGGAUUUAUCAUAUGUAUACUGUUUGAUGUUGAAUUUACUGUUGUCUAUUAUUGUCAUGUUAUUUUAUAACCGUCCAGAACUGCUAAAUUAGCGAUCUAUAAUAUAUAGUUUUAUUCAACUUAUUGUGAUUUGUACAUGUUGUUGUAAUGGAAUAUUUAUGUGCAUUGUUUUUUAUAAUAAAAAUUAUAAGAAA